AUGGAUACUUGCAAAGAUAUAGCCACUCCAAUGGGAUCGGGGGCAUAUCUUGAUCAUGACGAAUCUGGAACUCCAAUUGAUAUCACUAAGUAUCGAGCUUGUUUGAGGGAAUCUCAUCUCACUACUGUGAAGAGAAUAAUGAAUUAUUUCAAAGGAACAUCCAAUGUCGGCUUAUGGUACCCCAAAGGUAGUAUAUGUAGUCUUGUUGGUUUCUCUGGUGCAGAUUAUGCAAGAUAUAAGACAGACAGGAAAAGCACGAGUGGAACAUGUCACAUUUUUGAAAAUGCUCUAGUUUCUUGGUCAUGUAAAAAGCAAGCGAGUAUGGUUCUCAGCACUGCAGAAGCAGAAUAUAUUGCCUCCAGUAGUUAUUAUGCACAAAUACUUCCAGGCACUGGUACAAUGGUAAUCGGUUAA